UUUUGUCUGCACUUUAUCGUGAAAGAGCUCAAAGUAAAUUGCUUUUUGUUUGGUUCCUUGAUCAGAUGAUAGGAGGAACACAUCAGGAGAGACACGGAGAUUCCAAUUCCUUAUUGACAGUGAGAUUAUUCACCGAUUAUCGCCGAUUCGCCUCUUUUCUCUCUGCUCCGUCGUCAUCUAGGUUUUCCUUUGUGCUCUAGUUUUUCCUUGUUGCUGUGGAGUUUACAGAAAUGCAUUCUUUUUGACAGAAUGCAUGAGUUCUCUACUGUUGAUGGUUUUGCGGAGAUAAACGAGAGUUUGGCCGAGAUGAUAAAAUACAUUGCAAACGAACCCUCAGUGGGGCUUUACUACAUUCAGCAGCAUGUCCGAAACGCAGCACCUAAUGUCCUUAGCCUCAACAGCAACGUUUUGGACAAGUCCCGCGAAACGGUCUUGCACACCGAAGACUUGGAAGAUUCUAUAGCCAUGGUGAAAUCAAUGAAAGAGUGUGGCUCACCUAUUGCUGAUGAGAUGAUAGGAGACAUCAAAAAAUCCUUAGCGAUGAUGUCUUCGAAGCAACCGAGGAGAGGGCUAAUCCUCAACGCCGCAAGCCCUUGGAGCAGAUCAAGCAGUAUAACAUCCACAACGCGUGGUUCUGGUUUCAGCCAGGAUAAUAGCGAAAGCAGUAGCUAUUUCACAUCGGUGUUAAAGUCGGCUAAGGAGAAAGCAAGCAACAUCAAAUGGCCACAACUUGACUUCAAAGAACAGAAGGUGGAGUCCAGCCCCAAUGUGGAAAGCAAUGAGUUAGAAGAAGAAGAAGAAGACAAAGAAGAAGUCUUGAGUAAAGGUGAACAUAUGGUGGAGACGACAAAGUUCGAGGAGUUUAAGGCCGGUAAAGAAGCGAGUCUCAAGGCAUGGCUUGGAGAUAUGGAUGAUACUCAGAGCCGACCCGAACUCAUAUGACACCGUAAAGCAUACCAAAAGAAUGAAAAUGUUGCCCCUUACCCGCGGCUAUAUUUUUUUUACAACAUUUUCUUAGGUAUAUAAAAUCGAAAAAAUGCUAAAUGCAUUCAAAGUUAAAUUAAGCUUGUAAAAUUUUAUUGAAUUCUUUUAAUUUUUCCAAGUAUGUGAGAGUAUUAGAACCCAAUGGUUGAUAAAUUUCAUGUUUGUU